AUGGAUUCAGCUACAGCGUUGAGCAGUCCUCCCUCUUCGAUUCCUGAGCCUCAGUUGAAUGUACAUUACUCUGCACCUGGGUUUUGCUUGCCGCAUCCCGAUACUGUCAGUGAAUUUCGCCGGGACAAAAGUAACCUGGUAUUCUGCCAUGGUGUCGCCAUUGUGAAGAUCUCACCCGAAGUCGUCGUCAAGAUUGGUCCUCAUAUCAAUUUUAUCGAGGCUAAAAACAUGACGUAUGUUGCGGAAAAUACAGGGGUUCCCGUACCUAAGGUUUUCGCAUGUUAUACGUACGGUCCUAUUGAUCGCGACCCUGAUGACUACAGGGGCGUUUACGAUACCUACAUCUUUAUGACUUAUAUUACCGGUGAAACACUCCAGGUAGCUUGGGAUGGUCUCGACGUCUCCGCCAAAUGUCAGAUUACGAGACAACUUACGACAUACAUCCAAGAAAUCCGCAAUUUGGAGAGUGCUGGUUAUAUCGGUUCUUUGGAGCAUGGUCAUGUUACUGACCAUAGUCUAUCGACCUCUGAUGACAAAGGCCCAUUUAAUUCCGAGCGGGAUUUCAACACGGCUCUUGUUGAAGUCUACCAAAAGAAUGCCCCGAAACGCCAUAUCAAAGCUUUUUUUAAUGGAAUGCUUCCUGAAUCCCACCGCAUUUUGUUUGCACAUGGUGACUUCAGGCCUCAGAAUAUCAUGGUGAAAGAUGGAAAUGUGACCGCUAUUAUCGACUGGGAGCUGAGUGGUUGGUAUCCCGAGUACUGGGACUUCGCGAAAGCUCUACUUAUAUGGUUCUAUCAGAAUGAUUGGACAGACUACGUGGUUCAAAUUCUCCAACCAUAUCACGCGGAAUUUCUCAUGCACUCUUUCCUGAUGGAAAAGCUGUUGUUGUAG